CUCGUCCUUGUCACUGUGUUUGACAGACAUAUUUUCUUCAGAUGUUAUCCAUCUUUUCUACGGAUUGAAUCUGUGGAAGCAUGCUGCAUUUUUCACGUUAGCUGUGUUACGUGUUAGUAUGCCAUCUAGUACAUCAUCAGUAUUGGUGUUUCAGGUAUUACCCCAGCAGAAAUUAUUACAGUAAAAGAGGUAUAGCCACAAACAGUCCCAUGGGAUUACUUACACUGCAAUACUCAGUAAAAGCCUCAAUGACACAUGUCUCUUCUGUCACUUGUAGUACCAAAACAUUGAAACUUCUCCCUUUAUUUCCCCUGCAGGUGGAAGCUAGCAACACACUAAAAGAUGUAAGUGCUUCCUUGCUCACUGUAAACACAGAGGACAGCAGAGAUGAUCAGAAGCUAAAGGAUGCAGCCAACUACCUAUUUAACGCAGUGAGCAAUGUCCUGCAAGCUUCCGUACAAACCAGAGCUGUGAACACUUCAGUGCCAGAGGCAGAACAGAGUUCAGUGUCACACCAGCUCCUGAAUACAGUUGAAAAUCUACAGAGUGCCCUUCUGUUUGGGAAGGAACCGGAUGAUGAACCCAUGGUCAUUACCACUCAUUCUGCCACCAUGUAUAUAAACAGAUUACAGACAGAAAGCCUGGAUGGUACAGCCAUUAAUAUCUCCAAUUCCAGCUCUGCCAGCUUUGUUCUUCCAACAGCUUCCUCUCUCAGUGUUUCAGGAAUUGAUGAUGAAACAGUGGAUAUAAGGGCAAGUAAACAGCUUUUAUCUGACUCAAUCUGAUCUACAACUUACUUUCUUGGUCUAGUGGUUUUAGACUCCUUUUACAGUGAGCAUACAAGCACACAAAUCAUCCCUCCAGUCAUAACAAGAACAUUAUUUGAAAUAUUUUUCUUGUCAAAGAAGCCUUCUCUUAUCUUAAUUGCAUGAAGUUGGUUGAGCAAGCUGAGGAGGACUGAAAGCUUAAACUC